AUGUCUCCCGAAAGCGUCUCAUCCUUGUUCCCUCAGAGGCCGAUCCGUCCUUUGCCGAAACGUCGCCUGCGGGAACGCCUUUCCCCCGAAGUGGCGGAUUCCAUCGAGUACCCCCCGGCGAACCAGAACUCCAGCCCUCUGUUUUACUACCCCAAUAUUGUACGAGAUGAGCUUCCGUCAAGGACGGGAGGACUAAACGGUACGAGUCGAAGCGGGGUUGGAUACGAGAACAGCCCGCGAGGUGGCGGCGGAGGAACCGGGGAGAGUGACGAGGAGGAGUUGGCCCUCAGCAGCAGCAAAGUUGUCCGUCGUUCACAACCAGAGAUCCUAAACCGCGUCUCGACGAUGCCUCCGAAGCCAGAACACUCCAAACAUCCGAAUCCGCAACCCCCACCCUCGACAACAUCUUCCGCGGAUGGCUACGAGUCCUUUGAGAAUACCAACAACAAGAAGAAGCGGAAGAUUCCUACUGCUGGAGAUUCAGCGCUCCCUGGUGUGCAUUCGCUAGGCGAGAUGAAUUCUAUGGGUGUGUCAGCGGCAACGUCUCCGUCAAACGACCAGGGUGACCUCGCUGGAUCAGUCUUGUCGUCAUACUAUGGAGCUGGAAGCUUCGUUGCCAACAACCAAGGCAUCUCAGGGCCAGGGAGAGGCAGAUUUGGCAGGUCGAGGAAUGGGAGAAGUCCUCUGAGAGCUUUGUCCGACGCAACAAGUAACUGGGUCGGAAGGGGAGCCAAGAUCCGGCAGCCUCAAUGGGCAACAUCAAGCGAAAACCACGGAAUCAUUUCUAGUGCCAUCGCCAAUGCCGAAAAGCUCCCCUCGACCCCAGGACAGGAGAACGUGAGCCUUCUGCAUCAGCAUUCCUCUAGUGCCAAAUCCAGCCCAACUGCUACGCAAUUCACCUUCACCUGCGACUCCCCCGUCUCCAAGCCUCAGUGGCCAGGGACUGAUCCUACCGGUUCACAGCCUGGAUACGGCCCCGGCGGCAAAGCCAAACAUAAUUCAAUGACGACACAGAAUCCAUCAGACCUGGCUAGCGCGCAUGGAGGCCAACCUCCAGCGCCAACUGGCAAAGCAAAUGCUCAGCCUGGGGCGUCAAAGAAGAAGAGCCGUCGUCGAGCCGAGAAGGAACUUCGAAUGGCAGCCAAGCAGCGUCACCAAGAAGCGGAGUACAAAUACUACAACAACCCGCCCAAACCUGAGGAUAUGUGGAUUUGCGAAUUCUGCGAGUAUGAGCGAAUCUUUGGCGAGCCUCCCUACGCCUUAAUUCGACAAUACGAAAUCAAGGACCAGAAGGCCCGUCGCAAGGAAGAGGAAAGGAAGCGUCUUCUGGAAAAGGCCAAGGCUAAGAGCCGGAAGGGCAAAAAGCCAGCCAAGUCGCCUGGGAAGACGGCGUCACCUCAGAAUCUGUCCCAGGACCAAGGUGGCAACGCGCCCAUGGUUGCCGCUGUGAGUAACUCUACUCAUGAUGACGAAUAUGCCGACGACUAUCCGCAUGACAAUGAGGACUUUGAAGAUUCUUAUUCUCAGGAGGAUCCACCGAUGCUUUUGAGCGACGACCCUGACGGCGAUCAAGAGCAUGAUUGCACAUGCCCAACGUGUGGCGACUGCGGAGGACGCGAGAAAGAAGUUGACGAUCCCGGCGAUACUGUGCACUGA